CGCAUGCGCCUGGCACCGGCGGCAGCGGGACCCGUUGCGAGCGUAUGUGCGCGCUCGCCGCUCCCGUGCGGUGGGCGGCGGGUGAGGGGUCGGGGGUUUGCCGGCCUCCGGACAGGCUCGCGCUCUGGCCGCCACCGCCAUGGCCGCCAUCGUCGAGCAGGAGUUCCAGGAGAUCGACGCCACUAACGACUGGCAGGCGCGUUAUCUGGAAAUUCGACACAAAUCCAGUGACUACCCUCACAGAGUUGCAAAAUAUCCAGAAAACAGAAAUCGAAACAGAUACAGAGAUGUUAGUCCAUAUGAUCAUAGUCGUGUAAAACUGCAGAACACCGAGAAUGACUAUAUCAAUGCCAGCCUAGUGGUCAUAGAAGAAGCCCAGAGAUACUAUAUUUUAACACAGGGUCCACUACCUAAUACAUGUUGUCACUUUUGGCUAAUGGUAUGGCAACAACAAACAAAAGCAGUUGUCAUGCUGAACAGAACUGUUGAAAAAGAAUCGGUGAAGUGUGCACAAUACUGGCCAACAAAAGAAGAGGAAGUUAUGACAUUCAGUGAAACAGGUUUCCGUGUGAGGCUAGUAUCCGAAGACAUCAAAUCCUAUUACACAGUACAUCUACUGCAAUUAGAAAAUAUCAACAGUGGUGAGUCCAGGAUGAUCUUCCAUUUUCAUUAUACUACAUGGCCAGACUUUGGAGUUCCUGAAUCCCCAGCUUCAUUCCUAAACUUCCUGUUUAAAGUCAGAGAGUCUGGUUCACUAAGUCCUGAACACGGACCUGCAGUCAUUCACUGCAGUGCAGGGAUAGGACGUUCCGGCACGUUUUCAUUAGUAGACACUUGUCUUGUUCUGAUGGAAAAAAAAGACCCAUUUUCUGUAGAUAUUAAGAAGGUAUUACUGGAUAUGAGAAAAUAUCGAAUGGGACUUAUUCAGACUCCUGAUCAACUAAGAUUUUCGUAUAUGGCUGUAAUAGAAGGAGCAAAAUUUAUAAUGGGGGAUUCAACUAUACAGAAACGGUGGAAGGAGCUUUCUAAGGAGGACCAAGCACCAAGUUCUGAGCAGUCUCCUCCGCACCCAAACAAAAUAACCACAGAGAAGUACAAUGGGAACAGCAUAGGCCUGGAGAACAAAGAUCAAAUGGAGAAAAUUAAUACUGACCUGUCCAAUAAAGUUCAAGACAUCACAGAUGGAAACAUUGAAAGCACUGUCCGAAAACGACUGCGAGAGGAUAGAAAAGCUAACACAGCACAGAAGCUGCAGCAGAUGAAGCAGAAGCUAAAUGAGACUGAAAGAAAAAGAAAAAGGUGGUUAUACUGGAAACCUAUUCUCACUAAGAUUGGGUUUGGCACACUGAUUUUAGUUGGUGCUUAUUCUUGCUGGAAAAUGUAUUUUCAAGAACAUUCCUUGCCGAGACUGACUGACACCUAAGCCUUCAAGACUUGUGAAUAUUCUGCAGCUAUAAACUGCAAAUUAUUGACAUGCAAAGCGAGACAUGAACCCCUCUUCGGGAACAAAAAGUGAGGUCUGUUAAGUACCAAGAAGACCUCGGUUAUCUGUUUACAGCGUAAACUGCACCGAGGGGACGAAGACCACCAGCAGCGUGCUACUUUGCAAAACAAAAUCAUUUGCCAUCUUCUGUUUUUAUAAUGCUUGUAUUAAUGUAGAAAGAUGUAAAAGAAAUAAAUCAGGAAAUAUUUUGUUUUGUACUGCCAUUCUUAUUGUAUUUUUAUACUUUUUGGCAGCAUUAAAUAUUUUUUUAAAUUGACAA